GUCCUGGCCAGUAACUGAAGGGAGGACGAGUUUGGAUUGAGGAUGGGAGACAAAGGAUUUUCGGGCCUCCGUGCGAUCAUCUGCUCCAUCAUUUUAACGCUGCACCGUGUGAACGGAGACCUCAGCUAUUCUUUUUCCGAAGAGAUGAAACUCGAUUCUGUUAUUGGAAAUAUAGCCAAAGACAUCGGCCUUGAUCCCACAUCCUUAUCUUCACGGCAGGCUCGUGUUGAUUUUGAGAGGACUCGGAAAAGGUACUGUGACAUAAACCCAAACACCGGAGAUUUAAUCACAUCGGAGAGAAUCGACAGAGAGAGUCUUUGCGGGAAAAAAGCUUCAUGUGUUCUAAAAUUUGACCUGGUGUUGGAAAAUCCUUUGGAGCUUUACCGUGCCAGUCUUCAUGUCCAAGAUGUGAACGACAACACCCCGAAAUUCGAGGAGAAUUUGAUCAAAAUGGAAAUAAGUGAAUUAGCAGAAAAAGGUAGCCGCUUUUCAGUUGAGGAGGCCCAUGACGCAGAUAUUGGUCAAAAUUCAGUUCAGAGAUAUAGCCUGCAAAAGAACGACCAUUUCAUUCUAAAUAGUGACAACAGCAAGGUUUAUCUCGUGCUACACAAUAAGCUUGAUCGAGAAAAACAAAAAGAAAUAAAUUUGAUUCUGACAGCUAUCGACGGCGGAUCUCCUCAGAGAUCAGGUACGGUGAUUAUACACGUGACGGUACUGGACGCUAAUGAUAACUCACCGGUGUUCACCCAUGACGUUUAUAAAGCACAUGUGGCUGAAAACUCUCCACAGGCCACCACACUGAUUAAUAUUAGUGCUACUGAUGCAGAUGAAGGCGUGAAUGGAGCUGUUACAUAUGACAUCAUUCAUACAUCUGAUGAUGUAAAUAUUUUCUCUAUUGAUUCCAAAACGGGAGAAAUUAAAGUGACAGGUGUGAUUGAUUUUGAAGAAACAAGUUCUUUUGAAUUAAGAGUGAAAGCUAAAGAUGGAUCGGGGCUAACAUCAUAUGCUAAAGUAAUAAUAGAUGUUACUGAUAUUAAUGACAACGCCCCUGUGAUAUAUGUAAAAUCACUGUCUAACCCCGUACCAGAGGAUGUGUCACCUGGUACACAGGUGGGCAUAAUUAACGUUCAGGAUAGAGACUCGGUGAAAAACGGACAGAUUCACUCCUCCAUUCAAGACAACGCCCACUUUAAGUUGGUUCCGUCCAUUAAAAACUAUUAUUCUCUGGUGACAACAGGACAUUUGGACCGUGAAUUAGUGUCUGAUUACAACAUCACAAUCACAGCUACUGAUGAGGGCUCUCCACCUCUGUCCUCCUCUAAAACUGUUCAGUUAUCUGUAGCUGAUAUCAACGACAACCCACCUGUGUUUUUGGAACAGUCCUACAGCACCCACGUGACUGAAAACAACAAACCUGGCUCCACUUUAUGUUCUGUUUCUGCUCGAGACCCUGACUGGAGACAAAACGGGACAGUGAUUUAUUCUCUUUUACCUGGUGAGGUGAACGGAGCCCCGAUGUCCUCUUAUCUGUCUGUUAACGGAGACACGGGGGUGAUCCACGCUGUCAGGUCCUUUGAUUAUGAACAGUUCAGGAGUUGGAAAGUCCACGUGAUGGCCAGAGACAACGGUUCUCCUCCACUCAGCAGCAACGUGACCGUCAGUGUCUUCAUCACGGAUGUGAAUGACAACUCUCCUCAGAUACUGUACCCCACCCCAGAGGGAAACUCCUUCAUGACCGAGCUGGUCCCCAAAGCUGCACAAGGAGGCUCUCUGGUGUCCAAAGUGAUCGCAGUGGACGCAGACUCUGGACAGAAUGCCUGGCUGUCCUAUCAUAUAGUCAAAUCCACUGAUCCAGGACUUUUCACUAUUGAUGUCCACAGUGGAGAGAUCAGGACACAGCGGGACAUUUCUGAAUCUGACAGCAUGAAACAGAACCUUAUUGUAGCAGUUAAAGAUAAUGGACAGCCCUCUCUGUCUGCCACCUGUUCCAUGUAUUUACUCAUUUCUGACAACUUGGCUGAGAUACCAGAGAUGAAGGACGUGUCUUAUGAGGAGAAGAAUUCAAAACUGACAUCUUAUCUCAUCAUCGCUCUGGUGUCUGUGUCCACCUUUUUCCUGACCUUCAUUAUUAUCACCCUUGGAGUGAAAUUUUGUCACAGAAGAAAACCCAGAAUCUUGUUUGAUGGAGCAGUUGCCAUCCCCGGUGGUUAUGCUCCUCCUCAAUAUGCAGAUGUUGAUGGAACAGGAAAUUUACGCAGCAUAAAUUAUGACACCUACCUGACAACAGGUUCAAGAACCAGUGACUUUAAGUUUGUUUCAGCUUAUAAUGACAACACGCUGUCUUCAGAACAGACCCUGAGGAAAAGUCUAUCAGAUUUUGCUGAGGAAGUUAGAGAAUCAGAUGCAUUGGCAGAGUUGGUUCCUUCCAUUAAAAACUAUUAUUCUCUGGUGACAACAGGACAUUUGGACCGUGAAUUAGUGUCUAAUUACAACAUCACAAUCACAGCUACUGAUGAGGGCUCUCCACCUCUGUCCUCCUGUAAAACUGCUCAUUUAUCUGUAGCUGAUAUCAACGACAACCCACCUGUGUUUUUGGAACAGUCCUACAGCACCCACGUGACUGAAAACAACAAACCUGCCUCCACUUUAUGUUCUGUUUCUGCUCGAGACCCUGACUGGAGACAAAACGGGACAGUGAUUUAUUCUCUUUUACCUGGUGAGGUGAACGGAGCCCCGGUGUCCUCUUAUCUGUCUGUUAACGGAGACACGGGGGUGAUCCACGCUGUCAGGUCCUUUGAUUAUGAACAGUUCAGGAGUUUGAAAGUCCAUGUGAUGGCCAGAGACAACGGUUCUCCUCCACUCAGCAGCAACGUGACCGUCAGUGUCUUCAUCACAGAUUUGAAUGACAACUCUCCUCAGAUACUGUACCCCGCCCCGGAGGGCAACUCCUUCUUGACUGAGCUGGUCCCCAAAGCUGCACAACGAGGCUCUCUGGUGUCCAAAGUGAUCGCAGUGGAUGCGGACUCUGGACAGAAUGCCUGUGGAGAGAUCAGGACACAGCGGGACAUUGCUGAAUCUGACAGCAUGAAACAGAACCUUAUUGUAGCAGUUAAAGAUAAUGGACAGCCCUCUCUGUCUGCCACCUGUUCCAUGUAUUUACUCAUUUCUGACAACUUGGCUGAGAUUCCAGAAAUGAAGGACAUGUCUUAUGAUGAGAAGAAUUCCAUUUUAACCUUAUAUCUGAUCAUGGCACUGGUGACUGUGUCCACCUUUUCCCUCACCUUCAUUAUUAUCACCCUUGGUGUGAAAUUUUGUCACAGACGAAAACCCAGAAUGUUCUUUGAUGGAGCAGUUGCCAUCCCCAGUGGUUAUCCUCCUCCUCAUUAUGCAGAUGUUGAUGGAACAGGAUCUUUACGCAGCAUAAUUUAUGACACCUACCUGACAACAGGUUCAAGAACCAGUGACUUUAAGUUUGUGUCAUCUUACAAUGACAACAGACUGCCUGCAGAACAGACUCUGAAAAAAUGUCCAACAGAUUUUUCUGAGGAAUUUGGACAGUCUGAUGAUUCACCAGAGGUACUCCAUUGCACUGUUUUAACUCAACCCAAGGCGUCGCUGCUCACUUGCAGAUCAGAGGCUGAACUUCACCACCCAUUCGAAAAACACUGA